AUGGAAAGGAUAAUCAAAUGGUUAUUGUCUGUGGAGACUUUAAUUAAAAAGUGGUUAAAGCUUAAGAUUUCUAGAAUGUACUAGAUAGUAAGGACAUUCCCUAUAUUAGAUAGGUAAUGGGAAAGGACAGACAGCCCAAAACGGAUGAGGUAUUGGUAUUUCCAAAGCUGAAUUCUAAAAACAGUUAAGUUUGA